CGAAAGUGUUGAUAUUUGGAUCAAUCUGCGGCGCUGCAAAGUAAACUAGUGAGGUCACAUUCUUUCCGCAACAACACCUGUAGUGUACAGGAACAUGAAACACCUUUACAGGUUAGUCGGCUGAUGGCAGGUGAGGCAUCCUCGGGCUUCCUUGUGGAAACAUGAGCGCUCCUCCACUCAUGAAGAUUGUCUUGUUUCUUCUCGGGGCUUUGUGCUCUCCUACAGGCACCACCCAACCCCCCAGCCCUGUUAACGUCAGCUUCUCUUCGGUGAACCUGAGGAACGUUCUCCAGUGGCUCCCUGGAAACACGACGCCGGACGGCACUCGCUUCAUCGUGCAGUAUGCCUUGUACGGAGACAGCAAAGGGAGUAGGGUCAACUGGAGGCCCGUGGAAAAGUGCAAGGGAAAAACGGAGACGCACUGCGACCUGACACGCGAAACGUGGGAUGAGAAGAACAACUACUAUGGAAGAGUACGCUCGGUUGUGGGCUCCAAGGUCUUCUCCAAGUGGGCUGUGACUCAAAGGAGAUUCAAUCCGAAGUCUGACACGACAUUUGGACCGCCUCUGCUGUCAGUGGAGGUUGAGGACAACAAGGCCAUCAUCCAUCUGAAAGGUCCAAUCAGGUACCAGACAGAUGACCAUGCCCCGCCCAUUUACAUGGCAAUACUGUACCCCAGGAUGACUUAUAACCUCUCGGUGCACAACAUCCGUCAUGAUCAGGUGCAUCAUUUCCCAGUCAUAUCCACCCCGUACACAUACCGGAUGAUGGAUUACGACACCGAAUACUGCUUCUCUGCCAAAGCCAGAAGCGCCCUGCGCUUUCAGUGCCAGCCAUCUGAGCGUUACUGCCUCACCAGCAGCAAAGAUCCCAGAUCAAACCAGCUGCAGAGGGUGGUUGUGGGUAUUGUGGUUCUGUCGGUGUGCAUCUGUAUUCCUCUCGUGGUGGGUUACUUUCUCUACCACUACCUGACGGGCAAAGAACAGAAGACACCCUUCAUUCUGGAUCAACCUUGGCUUUCAACUCGACCCCAGACCCUCCUGCCCGACAGGUUCUACCCUAUCCUCAUCCCCAUUGUCACAAGCGAUCUUUUGUCCGACACAUCAAAAGGUGUUGUGAGGUCCGAGGAUGUUCCUGCUCGCCAUACCGUCUCCCAGUGCUACAUCACGCAGGAGUGCACACAAACGCUGUUAGAAAAAAGCGUGCAGACACAAACGCCAUCGCCUUCUCCUGUGCCCGAUGUGAACAUUGUGGAGGAGGGAGACUUUUCAAGGUCUUAUUUGACCAAUAGCCCUCCAAACGUUGAGACACCCUCGAAGGGACAGAUGGAGCAAGACGUGGAAACAAACAGGAGGCUUGUCGAAGACGUUCGAAGAGAACCCUUCCUUCCUUGCUCCUACUGUGCACCCUCAAACGUCUCAACCGAAGACUAUGCUAUCCUCUCGGUGAUGGUAGUGGACGAAGAUGAAGAGGACGCGUCGCUCCACAUCAACUGGGACCCUCAGUUGAGAAGACUGUUGUUGCCAGGGACAGAUAACAAACAGGAGGAAGAGGAGGAGCUGCGGUUGGACAACGUGCUCCUUCGACAGGUGUCCGAGGAAGAGGCGGGGCCACAGCAGGCAGGCGAUCCAGGCUUGUGUCUGGAGGAUAUUGUCAGCAAAUGGAAUUUGGUUAUCUCCAUGGAGGAGUAAGACAACAUCUGUACCUGCCUCACUUAAAAUAAUCAUAAUAUUAAUCAAAUAAAAUACAAAAUAAUACAUUUAAUAUCAAUUAAUUAUUAAAUUAUUUUAAUCAAUAUAGUUUGAAUAAUGUUUGUAGAAAAAUACUAAUAUUCUAUGUUGUUCAAUAUACAUUUUCAUAUUUAAUUAUUACAUUAUAAUUAUUUUGGAAAAAUAAAAAAUAAUGAUAAUAAAUAAAAUAAAUCUAGCACUAUAGAAUGGUCGCCAUUGUAAUAAAAACUAACUAAAAACAGGUUUUACAACAAAAAGUGUCCAAACAUGUAUAUGCCAAAACACUUAGGGCCUGAUCUACUAAGAUCCAAAUACCAUGCACUAAAAGCAUUCGCAAACUCUAAAAUAGUGUGUACCAUUAGUGGGCGUGUUGUGUGUUAUCUCCUAAGACUGUGUGUGCAAUUAAAAAGUUGUGCAGACCGUCUGUUUUAAAUGUGGCCAGAUCAUGGAUGAUCGCUUCGCCAACAGCAGCAUCACCCAGGUUCUGGGUACGGCUUUUCGCUGCUGCUGGGACAGUGAUCCUACGCCUCUCGUCCUCUUUCUCGCCAGCUGCAGCGGCGUUCCACUCGCCGUAGCCACCUGUCGCUUCCCCGCUGGCUUCGGGGACACAUGGCCUGGCCACCCGCCACCAAGUCCUCCCUGCGCCCUCCCAUGAGUUGGGAUAUUGUCCUUGUUUGGGGACUCUGGGACGUCUGGAAUCCGUUUUGGGGAGGGGUGGAGGGUGUAGUGUAACGAUUGAUGAUGUCGAUUAAGGAUGUGAAUCUUGCAACAACUCACAAUUUAAUUGGAUUACAUUUGGAUGAGGCUUCGAUUCAGAAUCCAUUCACGAUUCAACACAAUUCUGGCAAUUUAUGAUUUGGUAUAUAGAUGAUAAUAAAACAUUUUCAAAACAGGUUGCAUGUUGAAAUAAUUUAUCUUGUCUAUUAAAGUAUAUGCACAGCAUAAACAUGGCCUAAAAAACAAUUUUUUCUAAAUUCAGAAUCGUAAUAAAUAAAAAUUGUGAUGGGAAUCAAUUUUUUCCAGCACCCCUAAUGUCAAUGGUGAGUUUUACUUGUACCCCUGUGGCCCUUCUGUCCUCUGUAUGAGGAUUU